GUCUCCAAUUAUCAACUUUUCCGAUCCAAGCCUCUCACAAAAAGGACUGACCGAUGGGAUCAGCCGCUUCAACUGACCGCCGGCCAUCGGCCGAGCAGCAGGAGCAAGAAUCACUCGCCGCUUCUACUGGAUCACUUACCUUUCUCAAAUCCGCAUUCGCCAACCUCUCCGACCACCAAUCCCAAUCCAUCCCCCUUUCCUCCCUCUAUCAAUCCCUCUCGAUCCCUUCCGUAACCCUAAACCUGACACUUCCCUCUCCUCACCUCACCUCCAACUUUUCCCUCCUCCUUCCCCAUCUCGGCGCCGCAGCUGCAGACUUCCUUUUCGCCACCGUAAACGAUACCACCGAUUGGACCACCUUUCUCCGCGGCUUCAAUCGCUGUUGCGCUCGCAUGUCCGCAUCUUCCUCCCUCAUUACCCUCUACAGAAUCUUCUCCGAUGUGUGCAGGAGAGCUGGGAUCGGUUGCGGGCUGGAGUUCGAUUUGGAAGAUGCUGAUGUCGGGAAGGUGAGAGGGACGUUCGGGCUGAACGAUAUGCUGAUGUUUCUGUGGUUGUGUUGGGUAAUGGAACAGAGUUCGAGGUUGUCGAUGUGGGGGAAAGGGGUAGAGCUGGUGCUUCCCGAUUUGAACCAUCUGGUGCUAUCUGCCUUUUUGGCCUGUAGCGAGGUUGGGGGCGAUGAAAGUGUGUGGGGUUUGGAUGGGUUGGGGGAGCGGAAGAUUGUGGCGGUGCAAAAGUUGAAUGGGUGGAUUUUGGCGACGUUGCCUGGGCUAGCGAGUUGCUUCUCCCAAUUUUUGAGAGAGAAGAUCAAAUAUGUCGCUGUUUCACCGAAAAGUUCAAUCAAAUCCAACCAAUCAGGAUGCAGUGGUUCCUCAACGAACUACAAUGAUAGUUUCCUUCUGACAUUUGGAAGGGCAUGGGCAAUUUCACUUACAGAAAAAGGUACUCUAGGUGAAGAACUUUCUGCGGCAUCCUUUCCAGGACUAUUGGACCACAAGCUCAACAACCUUCUAUAUAGGUCGUCUACUCAUGGGAAGGGUUUGAGUAGGUUUUGGUCCAUAGUUGAAGGUUAUCAUGGGCCAUUGCUGUUCCUAUUCUCCGGUAAUUUAGCAGAUUCCAGUGAUGAUAAAAGCAGCACAAGAAGAUGGGUGGUUGGAGUAUUAACUGAAAAUGGAUUUCAGAAUAGUGACAUGUUUUAUGGAACUUCUGCACAUCUUUAUGCCAUUUCUCCAGUAUUUCGUGUUCUUUCUCCUACUGGGAAGGAGAAGAAUUUCCUCUACAGCCACGUGCAUCCUACUGGGAGGGUUUAUGAAGCAAAUCCAAAACCUGUUGGUUUGGCCUUUGGAGGAACUAGAGGGAAUGAGAGGAUCUUCAUUGACGAGGAUUUUUCGAGAGUAGUAAUUCGACAUCACGCAGUUGACAAAACCUAUCAACACGGCUCCCUUAUACCUAAUCAGGGAUACUUAGCUGUUGAAGCUUCAUUAGUAGAGGCUGAGGUAUGGGCUUUUGGUGGGAGCUCAGCAAAAGAGCAGCACGAUACAUUUAAGAAAAGGGAAAAUCUGUUCACAGAACAAAGGCGUAAGGUUGAUCUGAAAACUUUUGGUAGUUGGGAAGAUUCGCCGGAGAAAAUGAUGAUGGACAUGGUAUCUGAUCCAAAUAGAGUUCGGCGAGAAGAUCGUUAGCCAGAACACGAGUCGCAAUUUUACACAAAUUAAUCACCAUGGUAUUCUCUUGCUCUCUUCUUUAAUUCUUCAAAGAUGCCAAUGCAUUGAUGAUGCAGGCCCACCUUUUCUAUGCUUGCAAAGGCCUUCGGUUGGUAGAUAUAAUAUGCUUAGGCUUCGUUUGGAACGGCUUUCUUAUUGUUUCUUAAAAAUUUUUUAGUAUAAAAAUUAAAAAAGCAGUUAAAAAGCCAUCUCAAACGAAGUCUUAUUAAAGCUAAGCGUGUGUAGUUGUUGUAGAUUCUCUUCUGAUAUAUGUUGAUGUCCAGUUUGUUAGUUCCCCAUAUGAUGCAAUAUUACAUAGGAGUAUAUGAACAGGUUUAGUACUUUUGUGCAUAGAUAAGUAUAUUAAUGUUCUUAAUUUCUUGUGUAUGUUAUGUUAAUGUUGAAUUAUUUGAUACUAUAAUUUUUUUUUUUUUAUGCUACUUAAUUA